UUAUUAAUAGCAGCUCUUGAAUUUGGUAAUUUUCAAUUGGGUAAAAAUUCACUUAGUAACUGAACCAAAAUGAUGUGCUACAUUCUAAUUGAUUCUGUAAACAUCAAAAGUACAGUUUAGCACAAUGGUGCUUAUUUGAAAGCAGAUCUUUUGUUUGGGUUUCUUCAGCUAUCCUGCAAUAGCAACAGAACAUCGAUUUUGCCUUCACUUACAGUUGUUUUUUCUUGUUUUCCUCUCAGAGAUGGCAAAUCCUGAGGACAUUGUAAGUAGCUGCCGCUCUCACAAAGAGGAAAAUCACUGCACUUUUAAUCAGCAUACAUCUCCCUCGGAGGAACUUCUAUUAGAAGAUCAGAUGAGGCGAAAACUCAAAUUUUUUUUCAUGAAUCCUUGUGAGAAGUUCUGGGCUCGAGGUAGAAAACCAUGGAAACUUGCCAUACAAAUUCUAAAAAUUGUAAUGGUGACUAUCCAGCUGAUCUUUUUUGGGCUAAGUAACCAGAUGGUGGUAGCUUUCAAGGAAGAGAACACUAUAGCAUUCAAACACCUCUUCCUAAAAGGAUAUAUGGAUCGAAUGGAUGACACAUACGCAGUGUACACGCAAAGGGAGGUGUACGAUCAGAUCACCUUCGCAGUGAACCAGUACCUGCAGCUCCGCAACAUCUCUGUUGGGAAUCACGCCUACGAGAGCAAGGGCGCGGAGCGGUCGGCUCUGGCAGUCUGCCAGCACUUCUACAAGCAAGGAAACAUCUGGCCUGGAAACGCUACCUUUGACAUUGAUCCAGAUAUUGAAACUGAAUGUUUCUUUGUUGAGCCAGACGAACCUCUUCACGUUGGAACACUAGAAGAGAAUAAGCUCAACUUGACGCUGGACUUUCACAGACUCCUAACAAUGGAGCUGCAGUUUAAACUGAAGGCCAUUAAUCUGCAGACCAUUCGUCAUCACGAGCUCCCUGACUGUUACGACUUUGCCCUGACUAUAACAUUUGACAACAAAGCCCACAGUGGAAGAAUUAAAAUAAGUUUAGAUAAUGACAUUUCCAUCAGAGAAUGUAGAGAUUGGCAUGUAUCUGGAUCAAUUCAGAAGAACACUCACUACAUGAUGAUCUUUGAUGCCUUUGUUAUUCUCACAUGCUUGGCUUCCUUAAUCCUGUGUGUUCGAUCUAUGGUCAGAGGACUUCAGCUUCAGCAGGAAUUUGUCAGUUUUUUCCUCCUCCAUUAUAAGAAGGACGUUUCUGUUUCUGAUCGGAUGGAAUUCAUCAAUGGGUGGUAUAUUAUGAUUAUUAUUAGUGACAUAUUGACAAUUAUUGGAUCAAUUCUGAAAAUGGAAAUCCAAGCUAAGAGUCUAACAAGUUAUGAUGUCUGUAGCAUACUCCUUGGGACCUCUACCAUGCUGGUGUGGCUCGGAGUCAUCCGAUACCUCGGUUUCUUUCAGAAGUACAAUCUCCUUAUCCUGACCCUGCAGGCAGCGCUGCCCAGCGUCAUCAGGUUCUGCUGCUGUGCGGCUAUGAUUUAUUUAGGCUAUUGCUUCUGUGGCUGGAUUGUGCUGGGGCCUUACCAUGAAAAGUUCCGUUCUCUGAACAUGGUCUCUGAGUGCCUUUUCUCUCUGAUAAAUGGAGAUGAUAUGUUUGCCACAUUUGCCAAAAUGCAGCGAAAAAGUUACUUGGUCUGGUUGUUCAGCAGAAUUUACCUCUACUCAUUCAUCAGCCUCUUUAUCUACAUGAUUUUAAGCCUCUUUAUCGCACUGAUCACUGAUACAUACGAAACGAUUAAGCAUUACCAACAAGACGGCUUCCCUGAGACUGAACUUCGUACGUUUAUAUCAGAGUGCAAAGAUCUACCUGAUUCUGGAAAGUUCAGAUUAGAAGAUGACCCUCCAGGAUCUAUAUUCUGCUGUUGUAAAAAGUAGCUGUCAGGUUAAUCUAUGCCCUGGAGAGGACUCUAAUGUGUAGCCAAGUGGUGAGGCAAAAUGGGUGUUUUAAGAUCAGAUGUAGUAAGUUCGAAGACUAUUAUUUGAGCAAAUUGAUGGCUAUAAUUCAUCAAGAACUAUGUUUAUAUUUUUAAAGAAAUAGUUAAUGUUUUUGCAACUUUAUGUUAGGGUUAUUUAUAAAAAAGAAAGAAAGAAAGAAAGAAAGAAAGAAAGCCCUAACUUGGUGAGGGAAACUAUUGGAUUCUUGUCCUUCACUGUUUAUUUUUCCAUCACUUUGGAAUGUAUUCUCUCCGUGCCUCCCUUCACUUGAGCUCUCACACGCUUGCUUCCGGUUAUUCUGGCUGUGCUGCCUCUGUUGUCAGUGGAAAACAGUACCUGGUCUGACUUCAGGCAACUCAUAACCCUGGUCUAGACCAUUCUUAGGGGGCCGCCGUGAGAGAGAGGAUGGUUGCUGUAAUCAUUGCAUUUAAGAAAAAAUCUCUUAAAGGGAAGAAUAAGAAAGAAAUAACCAUUACCAGCUAACAGUUCCAUGUUUGGGUCUGAAGGACAACUAUUAUCCGAUACUGCUGUUCUGGAGAAGAUCAGAAUGAGUAUUCAUGUACAAGUUUUCUCUUUUCCUUUAGUGUUAGAGGACAAAGUUGAAAGAGCAUCCUGUACAUCCCUGAAAAUUAAAGUGCAUGCGUCAGGCAGGCUCAAUCCCAUGGGGAUGGUUUUAUUAGUAUUUGCACAGCCUACGCCUCCCAGACACAGUCAGUCUCACAGAAAAAGAGCAGCGUUUCAGCGUUCGGAACUGCAGUUCUGUAACUCACAGUAAAAAUAUUUUAGAAAACAAUUAUGCUCAAAAUUUAAAAGUAAGUGGGAAAUGUAUGCCUUAAAAAGACACAAAAGCAAAGUCUCCACUCCUUGCAGACCUCUGAUUGGAAGUUUCAGGGAUUUUCACAACAUGAAUCUUUUUUAUGCGCUAUUUAUUCAAGAAGAAAUUAACUCAAUGGUAUGCAAUAAGGUUUUCUCAAAGCAAGCUCUUGUUUUGUUAAUUUUUAAUUUUAUUUUAAGAGCUAAAUGAAAAUAGCCUUGAGACACUGAAAUCUUAUUGUUUAACAUAAUCACCUUCAUAAUAAUGACUCUGGGUGUUGAAAUGUGAGGUUUUGCAAUUAACAUACGCUAUUUUUGUAGUACCUGUGGCUUUUUAAAAAUGGAAAAUAUGAAUCUCUCGGUGCAUAUUUUUUUCUUUUGGCUUAGCGCUAACAUUUGUAUCAUAAUCACUUUAGAAUUUGCUAGAAUGCACUGUGAAUUUUGAAAUCAUGUUUAUUAUCUGAUAAAUACUUUACCCCUGGUGAGGUUUUUGGAUGAGCAAUAUUUCAGUGGAAGCGUGAGACCUCUGACCCAGUGUCAGGCCUGGAGUUUUGCUUUGCCCUAACGGCAUUGUGUUCCUGCUGUGGAAUUACAGCCAGUGACAAGAGUCUGUGCACCUUGAUGGAAAGUCUGGACUUUGAGUGAUGAUGUGUCAAUGUAGGGUCAUCUGUUGGGACAGGUGUACCACGCAGGUGUGCAAUGUGAUAGUAGGGAAGGCUGUGCCUGUGUCGGGGCAGGGAGUAUCACUCUCAAUACUUUCUCUUCAAUUUUGUUGUGAUCUAAAACUGCUCUAAAAAAAACCCACCUAUCUUUGAAAAAUUAAAGUACUAUUUCAUGUAAAA